AUGACUAAAAUCCAUUAAUAUAACCGUAUCGUGAAUCUGUGUGGAACCGUGAAGUUCGCAGUGUUUGCUAAGAGAGUUUAUUCAUAGGCGGAAAGUGAAACUACAUACGGUACAUUAAUACACGUCAAGCUUCCUGGAGGCGAAAAUGGUGGUUUGUCUUGACAAGCAAAGACGAAAUUUAGGUUUGAACAGAUGACCAUAUACUGCUGUUUAGACUAGCCUUACGCAUGAAUUUUAUUUACAGACACUGCUCAAAUGUAUCGGUUCGAGAUACAUAAGGUCUUAUCUGGAGACAUAUUUGUAUAUGGCUAGUCCUCUAGACGCGCAAGCAGCUUGCACCAGUUAACCGGACAUCCCUCAGUCUGAACCCAGAAAAGUGGAUUUAUUGCGAGGUAUCAUUAUAUCCUGAGACAAUAUGGGGAACUGUUGCACGAAAUUCUGUGGACAAAAAAGCCCGUGUGACCAUACAGAGGAUGAGACGAAGGGCUUGUUACACAGCUCUGAGUCAAAGACAUCAACCAAGGCAGGAACGGAACCUUGCACCGGUCCCAUCUCAGAUGAAGAGAAAGGGCAUGAGGAAGAAACAAAACCAGAGCUGGAUGAAUCGGUUACGAUAACCAAGCAGCCUGUGGUGGCUGAAACUCUUAAAGCACAAAGUUGUUACUCUUCGCAAAUAGCUGUCUUACAAACUGAACAUUCUCAGUCAUCUGAAGUUAAUCCGAAUGCUUCGGUCGAACCGACAGAAGCACCUGCAGAAGCCGAAUGCUUAGCUAUAGAAACAAAGACUGAAGCUGUGCAAGAAAUCCCAAAUAUUGCAGCUGAAGCCUCAGUGGAUGCACCUGCGGAGGCCGUUGUCUCGCAAGCAAAAUUGGAAACGGAGGGUCAGCAUGGGUCACCUGAAAGCGUAGACGUCGCACCUGCGGCGACAGAUGAAGCGGGUGUUUCUGCAACAAGUCAGGACUCAACGCUUGCACCUGUUAAAGAGCCAACUGCCGCGGAAACACCUGUUGAGGAGGCAACCUUGCUUGCUCAGACAGAAGCCGAGAAAUCUCCUGAGUCAAAGCCAGAAGCACAUGUUACAGAUGAGAAGGAAACACUGCAAACCGAGGAACAACCUUUGAGUGACAUCACUGAUGUGAAACAUGAAGAUGCGCGCGAUGCAGGGGACGUUUCAGUAACAAACAGCAACACACGACCUGACUCGCUCACUUCAGGUCAGUCAAAUGAUUUGGAUGCUAUUGAGAAAAGCAUUACUAAAGUGACUAGUGAAGACCCCACCAUAGAGUCAGCAGCUAAAGUGAAGAAACCUUCAGAAGACGCCCGUUCUGACAUGGACAAAGUUCAGCAGCAAACCUCUGAAGUUUCUGAAACUCAGGAAUAUAUAAAGCAAGUUUCUUCUCCUGUAGUGGAUGUAACUAAUGGACUCUCUCCUGAUGCUGAGAACGGUCUCGUGAAGGAGUCUAACCAGCUCAGCAUGGAGAAUGAAACGCAUGCGGCUGUCACAGUGGUGGAAGAGGUGCCUCAAAAAGAGGACGCAGUCCAGAAACCCAGUGAAGAACCAGGAGAUAUUGAGAGUGAAGAACUGUUUUCUAAACCGUCUACAUAUACUGACAGCACUAUUGAGGUGGACGUACCUGAAGUUAUGAACUCUGUGACAAACCAAGAGAAGAACGAAGAGAUUGUACAACAGGUGCAAGAGGCUGCGGAGCCCACUCACAAUGGCCUGAACUCCACAGGUGCCUCAGAGGCAUCCUCUCCCGUUGAGAAAACCAUAUCCUUUGAGCAAAACAGCGAGUCUGUUGCUGUUGAAGCCCCUGAGGUCAAAGGUGACGUUAUUGCACUGAUGGAGGAGAAAUCACCAGAACCACACGAUGGUGCAGAGCCUGAACCUCAACAAAGAGAAGAAGAAACGGAAAAGCAGGAAGAGGACAUAGAAAAGCAGGAAAAUGAAAAGCAAGAACGGGAAGAGGAACGGCAGGAAGAUGAAAAGCAGAAAGAGCAAGCUAAUGUUGACGAAGAAAAAGGCGCAGAAAAAUCUGAGACGCAGAAAGCAGAGGUCCUCUUCAGCAGUGAAAAAGUGGAGGUGCGAUUGAUACCGGUGACCUCGGAGGGGAGCGUGGGGGAAGUGCACAAGUUGGAUGAUAGUGCAGACCUGUAUCUGGGAGAGGAGGAAACUGAAUUGGGAGCCAGUAAAGACAAGCCAUCCAAAGCAGUGCUGGAGCUCACAAUUCCUGGUGUAGAGAGCAGAAGUAGUUUAGCUCCAGCAGUGGAUAUAUUGGCCUACAGUGAGAGAGAAUGGAAGGGCAACACGGCCAAAAGCGCUCUGAUCAGGAAGGGCUAUACUGAGAUGUCCCGUAGCUUCAUCGCUCUGAAGCAGGUGAGAGGUGAUAACUACUGUGCCCUACGAGCCACGCUGUACCAGGUGCUGGCAACCAGCACAAAAAUGCCCACCUGGCUGCAGGAUGAAGGCUUCUUGUCGUUGCCGGAUAUCAUUGAAGCUCGGAAGCAUCUGAUUGGUGGAUGGGUGUUUCCCCCAGUAUGCGCAUGGGGAUGCGAAAAGAAUUCUGUUGAGAGGCUGAAACAUUAUCUGGACCUCCUGAAGAAAAAAUGGGAGGCAGCGGCAGCCUGUGAGAGUCCGGAGGAGAGGCAGAGUUUGUGCGAGCGUGUGUUUCAGGGUGGAGAGGAAGAAUAUGGACUUCUGGAAGCGCUCAAGUUUCUGAUGCUGGCCAAAGCCAUCGAGCUUCACGGCAACAUGACGGAGGAUCAAGAAGUGCCUGUGUUCUGCUGGCUCCUUUUCGCCCGCGACACAUCAGAAAACCCGCAGACCCUCCUGGCCAAUCACCUGAGCCAGAUCGGCUUCAGUGGAGGGGUUGAACAGGUAGAGAUGUUUCUAUUGGGCUAUGCCUUACAGCACACCAUCCAAGCCUUUCGUCUGUACAUGACAGAAACGGUCGAGUUCGUCACACAUUACCCGGACGACCACAAGCAGGAGUGGCCCUGCGUGUGCAUCGUAACAGAGGACGACCGCCAUUACAACGUCCCUGUCAGGAGGACUGCACAACACCAGCAAUGAAACAUCACCAUGACCUAACAACAGAGGCCUCGGAGAACACAUCUGAUCUACGGAGCGGCAUGAUUUUUUGUUUGUUUUUUGUUUAAAGGAUGAACAGGUUUAAUGAAGGGAAUUUACAGCGCUCGUGUUGAAAGCAGAAGUGCUCAGGUUUUUUCACUUCCAAAAGAAUCACACAACUAACACACGCUGCCUGUUUGGAACUGUGACGCUGGUUCAGAAAGAAAGACACUUCUUAAUUUAACCGUGGGUUGGAAUACAGUUUGAAACUUUUGCUCUUGUUGCUAAAAAUACUAAAACGUUUACAACAAUUUUAGAGAAUAUUAAUUCAGAAGAAUGUUAGUAUGUUGUAUGCCAAGGGAAUUGAGAUAGUGGUCUUAUGAAGUCCAUUUGAUACGCAUUUAGUCAAAUUUGUAUAAAAUACCCUGUACAAAAUUUCUGCAGAUUGGAGAAAAUCGUUGGUCAUUUCGCUCUUAAGGGUUUGUUUUCUGUGAUUUUGAUGUUCACUGCCAUGACUGUUUUUCUUUGUAGGUUUUGUGACUAUGAUUUUAAUAUCAAAUCAUGCUCUAUGGAAAUGAGCAUCAACAGCUACGGUAGUUAGACUGUUAUAAAACAAUUAUGUCAUCAUGUUAUACGUUUACAUUGAAGUUCUUAAAUGCUGAAAGUGACUUACGGUAACGUUUACAGGCAGCAGCCUCAGACACCAAGGAGCGUUUAAAAUGUUAAUGUUUAGCUCAUUAUGGAGUUAAGCUACAACUACUUGCACAAGAAGCCAGAAUAAAGGCACAGUAUGGCCAUUAUUUGUAUUGGUGGCGUUUUAGUUUUGCUUUUAAUUUUCAUAUUUAUAAGCGACAGAUUAACACUGACUAACUUUUGUUGCCUAAAAACUUGCUUUGUGAUACAGUAUUGGUUAUGUAAAAUGGACACUAUUCAAGACCUGAAAAACAAAGAUCAUUUAAGGAAAUAAAAUAUGACUCACUUUAGUGUCGCAGUUUAAUACCCAAGACUGAUGUAAAAUAGACAGCGGAGCAGCGGAUAUUAAGUCACUGAUAUGCGACAAAUACAAGGGAGACAACGGACGGGCCAUUAUUUUAAAUAGGAAUUUCUCUGGAUUUGCACAUUCUUGGGAACAUUUGGGAUAAUGUAAGUACACAACUGCAUGAAAUAUAUCACACUGUGCAAGUGAUUUUUGGAUAUUUCAUAACAUAAUUCUUCCAUAUUGUGGCUUUAAUGUUUUACAAUGGAAAUUUUGCUUACGAAAUUAGAAAUACGUUACAGCCCUUCACAAGGGUUUAGAGCACUUAGAACACAGAGGUACAUAUGAAGCGUUUGGUUCCAAAAUGAGAUCAGAUUAAAAAUCUUCAAAAAUCAUGUUUUUUUUUAUUGUGCGUCCCAAUUAAUAUCAAUCAAACUGCAGUUGGUUUGUUUUGAUUUAAGCCAUAAUAACUAAUACAGCUAACUAACGCAAUAAAAACAUGAUUUUUCACAUUUUUAUCUCAAUUUGGAACCAAACUCUUCAUAUGAUGCUCGGAUGCUCUUCAUUGAUUAUAGUGUCGCCUUCAAUACCAUUAGACCGGACAUACUCAUCAGAAAACUUCUUCACUUAGGACUUUCCGUCCACCUCUGUACUUGGAUUAUGGACUUUCUCACAAACCGCCCCCAGUCUGUGACGCUCGUCCCUCAUCUCUCCUCCACCCUCAGUCUCAGCACCGGUUCUCCACAGGGAUGUGUACCGAGUCCAUUACUCUACAGCCUCUAUACAUAUGACUGCACCCCUACACAUUCCUCCAAUCACAUCAUAAAAUUUGCAGAUGACACUACAUUGAUCGGACAUUGAGUCAGCCUAUAGGGACGAGGUCUGGAACUGACGCUGUGGUGCUCUGAAAACAAUCUAAACACAAAGAAAACUAAAGAACUCAUACUGGACUUCACGAAGGGCAAAACUGACCAUCUCCCCAUCCAUAUAAAUGGAGACUCUGUGGAAAGGGUUCGGAGCUUCACAUUUCUGGGAAUCCACAUAUCGGACACUCUCCUGGACUACAGACACCACUGCUGUUGUUAAAAAGGCACGGCAACGUCUGCACUUCCUUCGAGUCCUAAAGAAAAACCAUCUGUGUCCGCAGCUUCUGGCGACCUUCUACCACACCUCAAUAGAGAGAUUGUUUUUACAUACUGCACAGUGUGGUAUGGGGGCUGCUCGGAAGCUGACAAAAAAAGCUUUACAGAGGCUCAUAAACACCCCCUACCUGUUCAGAGCAAAAAACAUUGUUAAGGACUUUUCACACCCCGGCCAUCACCUGUUCGUUCUUCUGCCCUCGGGGAGGCGAUUCAGGGCAGCUAAGGCACGCACCACAUGGCUCCAAAAUGGUUUCUAUCCAAUAGCCAUUCAGACCCUAAAAAAGUGAUUAUUCUGCACUAAUUAUCAUAUGCAUUAUGAAAGUGACCUAUUUGUCAGAUAUGGUGACCCAUACCCGAAACGUGACCCCUGCAUUUAACCCAUCCAGUGAGUAGUGAACACACGUACAUGCAGAGCAGUGGGCAGCUAUCACUGCAGCGCCCAGGAGCAAGGUGCCUUGCUCAAGGGCACAACCGCCGGCCCUGAGAAUCGAACCGGUUACCCUUCUGGUCACGAGUCCGACUCUCUAACCAUUAGGCCACGAGUGCCUGAUCUUAUAUCAUAAGUUGUCACUGUGGACUGUGCAAAAACUGUCUGCGAACCUAAGCCUGUUGCCUCAUUUACCUGUUGCACUAUUAUCGAUUUAUUCCAUGAAUUAUAUGUCGUCACUGAUGAUUGUGCAAUAACUGACUUGGAACUUCUAACCUGCCUUCUUAUCCAAAAGCUAUGCUGCACUACACUAUUCAUCAUGCUAAAUUGCCACUUUACUGUGGAUUUGUGAAAAAAACUGCCUGGAACUUUUUAUCUACUCUCUCCCUCUACUGCUGAAUAUUUGUUUCGUAAAUGAAAUGGGAUUGUGGUACUUUGGGUUAGGCGCAUAAAUGUGGGUAUAUUUAUUAUAUAUAUAUAUAGCACUGUUGAGUUCCCUGGAAUUUCGUUGUAUUUCGAUGCAAUGACAAAUAAAUGCUUAUUAUUAUUUAUAAAUAACUACCCAGAGAGCAAGUAUAACUGAUUUGAUAAUAUUAUACAAUCAGGUUGUAUUUGUUAAAGGUCCAGUGUAUGUAGCGGCAUCUAGCGGUGAGGUUGCAAAUUGCAACCAACGGCUCACUCCACCCCUCCCUUUCGAAGCACUACGGUGGCUGACACAGGACUAAGAUGUUGUCAUGUUUUCGCUUCUUUGGCGAAGGAGAUAACAUUCACAAAACACACUCUGUAGAGCAGUUUGUCUGUUUAGGGCUACUGUAGAAACAACAUGGUGAAUUCCAUGUAAGGGGACCCGCGGUAUGUAUAGAUAAAAAUAGCUAAUUCUAAGGUAAUAAAAACUAUAUAUAUGUAUAUCAUAUUGCAU